UGAAGGCAUGAACAUAAAGGCAUCUGAGCGCGUGGCUUCAAGGACAAAAAAGUUUGGGAGCCACUUACAUAAAAAGAGGUAAAAAGCACAACUUCUCUGAGAAUGUGAUAGGGCUCAGCGCCACUAGAGGGAGUGUAUUUUUUCUCCAGGUGACUAGAAACGAAAGUAAAAACAGGAGAAAAGAAGAGACGCCAUUUCAGAGUUUAAAGGCUGCAUAUUUUGUGGAUGACACUGCCUCCAAAAUGAGUUUCCAUAACAAGGGGGAUAACGAGGGCACUGCCUCUAAAAUUAGUUCUUCAUCUGCUGGAUCCAGCUGUGUGUCUAUAAAGAGUGAUCAGUCAACAGAUAAUCCUCCUAACUUAAAUGAAGGAACAGUGACCUCUUACCCCAGAUCUACGCUGUCCUCUACAUCCCACUAUCAGACACAUAAGAAUCAGGAUAACACUGAAAUAGCCCUGAAGAAGCAAACACUGGAGACUGGAAACCUGCAGAGGGUCAAGGACCAGCACAAAACCAGCAUGAAAAACAAGUACGGGAUCAUAUUUGAAGGAAUCAAACCAGAAGAGACCCUCCUGAACAGGAUCUACACACAGCUCUACAUCAUAGAGGGAGAGAGAGAAGGAGUGAAUGAAGAACAUGAGGUUUUACAGAUGGAGAAAACAGCCAGGACACAACACUCACAAGACACUCCAAUCGACUGCAAAGACAUUUUUAAAGCCUCAGCUGAAAAAGGAUGUGAGGAGAAAGAGCAGAUCAAGACUGUUUUUACUAAAGGCAUAGGUCAGGAAGAAGCGUCUCUGUGCAGAAGUCAGCUGUUCUCAACUCUGGCCCUUGAGAUCCAUUUAACUGCAGAGUUUAGCUCCAAGCCUAAAUGUAUGAUCUACCAACUGGAUCAAACUGGCAAACCUCUCAUCUCAUCCUGUCUGAGGAGACAGAAGGCCAGCAUGUUUGAAGAGCACAGCCACAUAUCCUGGCUAUCAGGAGGUUGGCGGCUAUAG